AUGCUGACUCGGCGCAUUCCUGUGCUCCGUCAAACGGCAACGUUCUGCUUCCCCAUACUGCAACGUCAGCCAAUCACUUCACUUCUGCAUGAUUGCGGCGUCCUUGUCAUCUUGAGCGAUACGCUUGUUUCAGCUUCCAUUUCUGUUCUAUCUUAUGCGGGGGGCGGGGGGGGCUUGGGUAUUUUGUGA